AAACUUAUAUCCUCUCAAUGGACUCCAAACUCAACUUUGUAAAAGAUGGAGCUUUACAUUUACCUCCAGGAUUCAGAUUCCAACCCACAGAAGAGGAAAUAGUUUUUCAAUACCUCACCCGAAAAACAUACUCUCAUCCUUUACCCGCCUCGGUUAUCCCCGAAAUCAACAAUAUACGCAAUUUCAACCCUUGGGAUCUGCCAGGCGAUCAAGAGCAAGACCGGUAUUUCUUUAGCAAUGCAUCGGAAGUAGCUACUAGUUACAAGAAACGAAACAAAUCGAAAGGGAGUGUGGGAUCCGGAUAUUGGAAAACAACGGGCAUAGAGAAGAAAAUUGAUUAUGUCGGAAAAAAACAAUAUCCUAUAAUGGGAAUGAGGAGGACAUUUAUUUUUCAUGGAGGUAGAAAAACCGGGGAUGAAUGGUUUAUGCAUGAAUAUCGUCUUUCUGAUUCGAAAACUCAACUUGGAAAUUGGGUAUUAUGUCACGUAUUCAUAAAACAAACGAGCAUUAAUGAAAAUGACAAUGACGAAAAUACUAUACUUUCCGAUGAAAAUGAGAGUAAUGGGGUUUACGAUUUGCACACAAAUUUUAUGGCAAAGACACCAUACGUGACACCUACUAGCCCAACGUCCUCAUGUUCAUCUUCGUCUCGAGGAAAUCAUAUGAUAGCCGAUGUUACCUCACACGCAAAGUAUUUUGUUGAUGAUCAAGAUGAAAGUUCGAGUUGUGGUCAUGGACCUCAUGGUUAUGAUCAUUCAUCAACAUUUGGAGAUUAUUGAUGGUUUUCUUUUGGAUUGCAUUCUGUCUAGACACGUUUAUGAUGAAACGGUAUAUAUAUAACUAUUAAGUGAGUUGUAUUAUUCUUAAAUUGAAAAUAAUUAAGACAGUUUGUUUGAUCAUGUAGUAUUGUUGCUUGAUGUAGAAACUCGAAAGUUACGAAUUUGAACUAAAUAAGAUUCAAAUCUCAUC